AUGGCUCACUCACCAUCCCUGCCCCUGCCGAUCCUGUACGCCGAGGACACGCCCUUCUCCGAGUACUCCACCGCCGUCUGGGGCCGCGUCUUCAACGCGCGCCGCGACUUCUCGCGGCGGCCCGUUGCCGUCGUCCAGGCCACGCGCAAGGCCCACGUCGUCGCCGCCGUCCGCCUCGCCGCCGAGCGCGGCUGGCGCGUCAGCGUGCGCUCGGGCGGCCACUCGUGGGCCGCCUGGUCCGUCCGCGACGAGGCGCUGCUCCUCGACCUCGGCGGCCUCGGCAAGGGAAUCGGCGGCGGCAGCGGCACCGACGAGGGCAUGGUGUACGACCCGGCCACCGGCGUCGUCGCCGUCGCGCCCGCGCGGACGGGGAGGGAGCUCAACGAGUACCUCGCCGGCCAGAUCGGCGGGCCCGACGACGACAGCGUCGAGGGCGUCGGGAGGUGGUUCCCCGGCGGGCACUGCCCUGACGUCGGGCUGGGUGGGUUCCUGUUGCAGGGCGGCAUGGGGUGGAAUUGCAAGAACUGGGGCUGGGCGUGCGAGAACGUCGUGGCCGUCGACGUCGUCACGGCCGACGCGCGGGAGCUCCGGUGCUCCGAGACGGCGAACGCCGACUUGUUUUGGGCCGCGCGCGGCGCCGGGCCGGGCUUCCCCGCCAUCGUCACCCGCUUCUACCUCCGCACCCGGCCCCUGACGGGCAUGUUUCAAUCGCUGUACUUUUACUCCCUCGACCGCUUCGACGAGAUCCUGAACUGGGUGAUCAAGGUCUCCCCCAAGGCCUCCCCCGACCUCGAGAUCGUCCUCCUCGCCCUCACGCCGCCGGGCCAGACGACGCCGCAGGUCAUGGCCAACUUCCUCGCCUUCUCGUCCGGCCCGGACGGCCUGAUCCCCGUGCACUCGUCGCACCCGCCGGGGGCCCUGUCGACCGUCUUCGCGGCGCCGACGACGCUGCCGCGGCAGUACGUCGACCAGGACGCGGCGAACCCGCCGGGCCACCGGUACAUUUCGGAGAACGCCUACGUCGCCGACGACGCCGACGUUGCCGCCGUGCUGCGACGGGCCUUCACGGAGCUGCCGACGCCGCAGUCCUUUGCGCUGUACUUUUCCAUGAACCCGUGCUCGAGGCGACGGCAACGGCAGCAGCAGCAGCAGCAGGCCGGGGCCAAUGCCGUGAAUGGGACGGAGGAGAAGGACGAGGAGAAGAACGAAGGGACGGCUACGGCCGGGGACAUGCCCGACAUGGCGCUGAGCAUGCAGUCGGACCACUACUUCGCGCUCUACACGUGCUACCCGGACGGCGAGGACGACGAGCGGUGCCAGGGGUGGGUGAGCGACAUCAUGGCGGGCGUCGAGAGGCACGCCGUCGGCAGCUACCUCGGCGACGCCGACUUCCGGUACCGCCGGACCCGGUUCUGGGGCGAGGAGCAGGGCCGGCGGCUGAUGGGGGUGCGUCGGGCGUGGGACCCCGAGGGCCGCAUCGCCGGGUUCCUGGACGCGGAGGACGGGAGCGGCGUCGAGGGGUUGAAGAACGAGUUCGAGUGGGAGUGA